AUGGUGGACUUUGGCCUCUUCGCAGGUGCCAUACAACUGGCAACCAUCAUCAACGAAAUAGCCAGAGCAGCGCAGGCUAAUAAAGUCAGUUGCAUGGCCAUGAACCAUCGGAUCCAGACAGCCAAUGAGAUCAUAAAAGUUGCCUUUGAACAACAUAAAGUCAAUCCAAAAAGUCUUGUCAUAUCCGAGAGUGCAUUCAAAACAUAUUUUCAAUUACUGGAACGAAUGCGCGACUUUGUGGCCGAAAUUAGCAAGCGAAAGACCUUCUCCAAGUUAUUCUAUGCACUGAGAUUUCGGGACGAGUUCGAUGCGUUGCUGCGAGAUUUUGACAGUUGUGUUUUGGAUUUAAACCUUGGCAUUGCUUUGCGGACACAAUCGCAACUUGAAAAGGAUAGGAGUGCACUAGAAGAAGACAUGACGGAACUACGGACUUUUCGGAAGGAGCUUCAGAGCGGUAUUGAUUGCUUGGGGGGUCAACUCAUGGGCAUCCGUCAGAUGAUCGCGACCAAUAGGCCCAUGGACGAUAUCUUAGCACUGGUAGAGAUCGAUUAUAAACAAAUUACAGACAUCACUCCAGGGGAAACACGCCAUGGACGAACGUUCCCAGUCCAUAAGAAAGCAUGGCUCGCACAAGAGGUUGCAGAGAAGCCAUUAGGAUUCUUUGGUUCACAGGAUAUGCUUGAUAUGCUCAAGAACGAAAUCGCCAUUCUCAAAAAGCUCGAUCGUUGCAACUAUAUUACAAAAUUCAUGGGCAUUACUAACAGAAAUAACAACAUCAGUAUUAUCAUGGAAUGGCUACCCGGUGGCGAUCUUGCAACUGCUCUUGCUUCAGUAAGUUACUAA